UUGCGGGCCAAGUUUUCACUUCUCACUUCGCUUGUUGCUCGCCUCACCUGUUGCAAGCUAAGAAGUAUCAUCAGGUUGUUUAAAGAUACAAGAGUACCUCAGAAAAAAAAAAGAAGAAGAAGAAGCUGCACAUUUCGGCAGCAGUAUGGCUUUUACAGAUUGUAUAUUGUUGGCGAUAGCAAUUGCAGUUAUAUUUGAAAACCAAGUGCACUGUGAUGGACCAUCUUCAGAUGCAGACAAGACAGACUCUUCGUCAAUACCAAUAUUAGCUUCAGGAAAGCGGCAACACAACAUAAUGAGAUUUGGAAAACGACCAGCUGGAGGUCAUAAUUUAAUUCAUUUUGGUAAAAGGGAUAGUGAACCCCCUAAAGCUCCACAACAUAGUUUUCUAUAUUUUGGUAAAAGGGAUGAGGAUAAGAUCGGAAUCCCAAACCUACUUCACUACCUACAGAACAACAGGGAUAGUUCUUACAAACGAGGUCAUACCAUCAUGAGAUUUGGAAAGAGAGGAGGAGAAAAAAAUCAUAAUUUCAUCCGCUUUGGCAGAGGAAGUGAGAAUGAUUAUGACGAUUAUUAUCCCGACGAAGAAGAGAUGGAUGAUGAAAAGCGUGACGGGCACUCAAUGCUUUAUUUUGGGAAACGAGACGGUCAUUCAAUGUUGUACUUUGGGAAGAGAAAUGGUCACAAUAUGUUGUCCUUCGGCAAAAGAGAUGAUGACAAAAGGGCGCAUUCAAUGAUUCAUUUCGGAAAAAGGGAGAGCGACGAUGACAUCGAUAUCUACCCAGAAGACGACAAGAGAGCUCAUUCAAUGAUUCAUUUUGGAAAAAGGGAGUUUGAUUCAGAGCCUGACGAGCUGAAACGAGGAUCGCAUUCCAUGAUUCAUUUUGGUAAAAGGGAGUACCCUGAAGGUUACCUACCUUACUUCUGGAAUCCGGAAGUUUCGGAAAAAAGACAGCAUAACCUCUUGCGAUUUGGUAAGAAAACCGAGGGUAGCCGGAAAGGAUCCCAUGCCAUGAUUCAUUUUGGAAAACGUGACGAAGAAGUAGACAAAAGGGCGCAUGCUAUGAUCCAUUUUGGGAAACGAUCCGUGGAUCAGAAUAUUUUACUGAGCAAUCAGUCCAACAGUGAUGAACCUCCAAAAGCUUUGGCAAGGAUGAAGAGGCAAACCAGUCCUUCUUCUGACCAUUUAGGUAGCAUUGACCACUAUGAUAUCAGUGAGGAAACCGACGAAGUACCUGAAGAAGAAGCCUCUCGUCACGCAAUUCUCGAAUCCCAAGGAAUGUUUUAUCAUCCCGAGGAUGUUGUGGAAACUGUCUAUUAUCCAGAAGAAGAUCCUGGUGUCUUGCCCAGCUUCGGAGACUACGGUCCACCUGAUAAAAAAGAUCCGUCGAAGAAUGUAUUUUUGCGUUUUGGUUAAAAAAUUCUAUUGCCAAGAGUAUAUGCAUCCUUAAUGUAUUAAUUAUUAUGCGGCACAUGAGAGUCUGCAAUUAUGUCUCAUUAAGAAGAAAUUCUAUGUCGUACUACAAGAAAUAUUAUGACAGUAAAAGAGCUUGAAAUAUCAUAUCGUGUUGUGUAUAUAAUUGAUGAACUCAAAUUGUGUUCAAAAGAUAAGAAAUAUGUUCAAACUUAUUCAAUAAACAUUAACUAAUUUCUUAGUUUCACGAAAUCUAAUUUUCCAAAAAUUAGAAAGGAAAAUAUCACUAUUGAAUAUUUAUAUUUCAGCGAAAUGUAUGAAAAUCAAAACUAAAUAUGUGACUCAAUUAAAUUUUAGAAAUAUGUAAUCUAUUUUAGGAGUGAUAUAAUGAAUACAAAUAAAAUUAAAAAUUAUAAUGUAAUUAUCAGUUAUCGCCAAUAAAUAUUGAUUGAAACGCUGAAAGCUGAAGUUUGCUAAAAGC